AUGGCAGUAAUGGUUGCCCCGAGCCGAGUCGACUACAGCGUCAACAAAGGUGGCCUUCGUUCCUGGGCAGUAAUUAUUGUAUUUGUUCUGCUAUGUUCUGCAAUUUUGAAUAUAUUUUCUGAAGAGGGGGAAGGACGUUAUCGAGAGGAGGAUUUUGAUGAAAAAGAAGAAUCUUUGGCUGCUCCAGAAGAACAGAUCGGAACGUUUAAAGAGGAGGAGGAGGCUUAUGAAAAGAGGUAUUACCAAAAAGAGAAGGUGGAGGAGGGUAAAGAAAAGAGGCAUGAAGCGUUUGGAGAGGAGAAGGAAGGAGAGGAGGAGGAUGAUAAUGAUGAGGAGGUGGAUGAGGAAGACGAUGAAGAUGAAGAGGAGGAAGAGGAGGAAGAGGAUGAGGAAGAAGAAAGCGAAGAUUUGGGUUAUCUAGAGGACAGGGAAGAAUUAAUGUUGGCUAGACUAAGUGAGAAAAGCUUGACUUCUUCAAAGAGAAAAGGAGGAGGAGGAGACGGGGGUGGACCUAAACUUAUGGAAGUGAAGAAGCCAGAAAGAACGGAACCUGAAACUUUUGUAAGAAGAAAGCAAAAGGAGGAAAUUGAAGAGGAGAAAAAGUGUACAGCACCUAAAGAAAAGGGUGAAGAAGAGAAGGCCGAAGAGGAUGGAGAAAAAGAAAGGGAAGAAGAAAAUGAGGGAGAAGGAGAAAAGGAUGAAGUUGCUGUCAAUGUUGUAGAAGAAAUCCUUUCAGACGAAAAGGAGCAACACAAGCAAGUACAUAGGAAAAGAGUAAAGUCUUGGAGAGCUUUACAAACAGCAAAAAGUUUGGCGGAAGGAAUGAGGCCGAGAAAAGAAUUGCUUAAAAAGAGGCAUAAACUGAAUAAAUACACCCAAGAAGAAAAACAACAACAAGGAAAUGAGGAUGAAGAGGAAGAUGAAGAAACGGAAGAAGAAAAUUUUGGAGAAAAUGAGCAAAUUACAGAAUUGGUUGCACAGAGGAAAUUGCCAGGUAGUUAUAGCACUCGAAAAGCUGUCCUUACAAACAGAAAUGAUUAUAAACAUAGACAUUUAUUGGAUGAAGCCGAUUUUCUUAGUGAACAGGCAAGUACACGAUUUUGUUUCUGCGCUUGAAAAAUAUCAAAAAGUAUUGAAUAUUGAUAGAUCUAGUCCUAGCCCUCUUUGGAACGGCAAGAGUUUAUCAAUUAAUGUCAGAAUUUGCCGAUGAUGGAGACAAUCGAAAAUUAUUAGACAAAGCAAUGGAA